GGUGGAGGAGAUUUUGGUUCGCGCACGGUCCCCGAAGACCUCGUAGUAGCGGUUGAGACUUCGCGAGGUGCUGAGGCGAAACAGAGUUCCCUGUGCGCGAAUCCCGGAGCUAGAGCUCACUCGAUCUCGGCGAUCCUUGAAGAGCGACCGUGUCUCGUUCGUUAAGUAAAUCUUCCCUAACUAGGGGAGUGUAACAAACAACAGUGGGCAAAGUGUUUUUCCAACGCUUAAUUCUAUCCGGUGCUGGCGUAGUAAACUGCCACGUAAAGGGAUUUCGAUCGAUCGUGCACUUGCUCGGUACCACCUACCGCUACUAGCGAAGCGAAAACGGCGUAUGUGGCAAUCGUGAUAGUUUUAUCCCUACGCCCUAACACCUCACCCGGAAAGUGUGCGAAUAUACGCGACGAAGCUUAAUGGUUGGUGUUUUCCACCGGCAAAAGUGCAACGUGUGUGUGCCUCGCGAUGAUCGUCGUUACGCUUAUGCAAAAGUGGCUGCAAUUUGAACGAUCGUGGCACUCUUCCAGCGGUCUCGGUGUGCCAUGAAGAGAGAGAGAGAGUGUGUGUGAAGUGUGAUCGUGGAGAUUGGGACUACGGUCUGUCGGCGAGACCGAAAACCCCAGAUGAAAAUUUCAUUAAACCGCCGGGACAGCCAUUCUAGCCAGCAGUGUGUGCCGAGAGUAGUGAACAUUACAGAAACCCAUUCACACAAAGACAGACAUGCAAAAGACCUCUCUGGUGGGACACGCAUAGCUGCACGCACUUUAGUGGCAGCAGAUUAGAGAGCAGCACAGUUUGAUAGUGUAGCUGCUCCGAUCACUUUACUUCCCGUGGCCACUGAAGUAGGGGCUCUCGGGCUGCUAAGUAGGGAAGGGACAGCUUCACAAGCAACACAGACCUCGAUUAUUGGCGUUGGAGGAGGAAGUGUUAAAAGCAGGGCAGUGCAGUCCCCCCAUCUCGGUUGUGUGUGCGAGAGCGGCCUGACAUAAAAAUCCAAAAACCAUUCGGCCGGAAACCAGCGACCGAGUGAGUGAGAGUGGUCGAAGGCCCCACCGGGUGCCGGUAACGAGUUGCACGAGCCACGAAACAUUCGGGACGGCCAUUGGCCUCGGUAGUGUGAUACGCAGGGGGGGUGGAGGAGAUAGUGAAGCUCCAUAGUAACUGUGGGGCGCAUCAUCAUCAUAGUGAGCAAGUGCCACGAGCGCAAACGGUAACGCACGUAACGCUUCGCCAGACGUAACGCCGUCCUAACGAAGCAGGCGGCGGAGUGUGUUGUGUGCCGUCGAUCAAUCGAUUCAUAAAUUAAUUGCUAAUCAAGUGUGCUGUGGAUCGGCGCAUCGAGAUACCCGCUCGAGGAAAACCCGUGAAAAACAACCAAAGAAAACUCGCGGCAGACGACGUCACCAUCACCAAUGAUGGAGGGUGAUAUAAACAAUUUUCUCUUCGGCCAGGAUGAUUGGCCGGAGGAGGAUUUCAUGAGCUUGCUGAAGAUGGACGACGCGAUGCUGUUCAGCGGGCCAUCCACCAACACUGCCUGCGGUUCGGACGAGCUGGACGACAUUAUGCGCACCCUCAACUACAGCUACUCCAACGAGACGUAUCUGGGCGAACAGCAGGUCACCUCCCCGCUCUCGUCCCACUCGUCCUCCGAUCAGGAGUUCCACGGAUUCCCGAACACAACCGACGGUAGCAGCAGUGGCUCGCUGGACGGCUACUUCGACGAAGGGUACGGCGUACGCAUGCAGGACUCUCCGCCCAUGAAGCAGGAGCUCAUUAACGUGGACUUUGACAUGGUAAAUGUGCUGGAGCCGGGCAGUCCCACCGAGCAAGGCUUACUCUCGUCGGCCGCUUCCGACAGUGGCCUGUCGAGCGACCAUCUUGAUCUAGACCCGAACACGGAAUAUGAAGCACUUAGCCCCGGAAUGUCUUCACCCGGUCCGUCCAUCAGUGAGCGGGGUGGUCAGAAUUCGCCUCCACGCUACCUGAAGCCGGUCCAGCGUGACGUGCCGAUGGAAGUUUCUCCAAUGGUUCAACAGCUUGGCUCGCAAUCGCUUCUGUCCUCGCAGUCGGCGAACGUUACAAGUCAACGAACGACCCAAACCACCCUCCCAACGGCGGAAAAGAUGGUCGCCAAAGCGAUCGUAACCAGCAUCAAUGCGCCGCCGCAAACGAUGAAGACGGCUGCGGUCAGCAAAAUAUCAACAGCUACCGUUUACCAACAACAGACCGGUGGAGGAGUAAAAGCGUUGAUCGCUGCCGGGAACGCGCCCAAGCGGAUUAUCGCGACGAGCAGCAAUGGAACGCCGACUUCCGUCCCACAGCAGAUCGUCACCAACGGCAAAGAGCUGAAGAUUAUUCGUAUGGCAACGAUGAAGAACGGGCAGACGGUUGCCGUCGCUAGCGGACUCACGACCACCACCGGCAACAGCACGACCACCCCGACCAGCAACAAGAAAGUUACCCUGCAGCUGAAGAACUCCGCCGCCACCAGCGUAAAGUCCACGGCAACGGUCAUCCCCAAGAAUGUGGUGCUCACCUCGAGCGCAUCGGCGGUCGGGAGCAACCAUGCCGGCGGUACCGGCGCGGUUCGCAAGCUUAUCCGCAUGCAGCAGCAAACGCAACAGAACGGCCGGCAGAUACUGGUGCCGGUAACGAUCCAGGACCUGCGCUCGAUCAAGAUCGUCAGCUCGACCAACAUGAAGAGCAAAUCGGCCAACAUUAAGCUGGCGGCCGCCAACAUGCUGCAACAGUCCAAGCAAGGGCUAAUACAGAAGAAUGUGGUGCUGAGCAAGGACCAGCUGCUCGUGGACGAUGGCCCCAUGUCGGACGCCGGGCCGAGCUCGUCCGACUCGGAAAGCUACGUGUUUGAGGACAUUAUGCAGCAGAGCAGUUCGGUGAUUGCGGAGGUCGAGCGUCAGCAGCAGCAGCAGCAGCAGCAGCAGCAGAAGAGCCACCAUCAUCAUAACCUGCACCACCACCACCACCACCACCACAUCAUCAGCGAUUCGGACGUCGAGCCGGACGGGGACGAUGAUGGGGAUGACGAUGAUGCCGACCUGGACGAGAUUGGCAAGGGGCGCAACCAGAACGGAACGUACCAGAAGCUGCUGCUGACGGCGGAGGAGAAGCGGCUGCUGGCGAAGGAGGGCAUCUCGCUGCCGACUAGCUACCCGCUGACGAAGCACGAGGAGCGCGAGCUGAAGCGCAUCCGGAGGAAAAUCCGCAACAAGAUCUCGGCCCAGGACUCGCGCAAGCGCAAGAAGGAGUACGUGGACGGGUUGGAGGAAAGAGUGAAACAGUGCACGGAGGAGAACCAAAAUUUGGUGAAACGAAUCAAGAUUCUGCAGAGCCAAAAUCACGACCUCGUUAGCCAGAUGAAGCGCAUCCAGUCGCUGCUGACCAAGGGCACCAGCAAGACGACGCAGCCGGCCACCUGCCUGAUGGUGCUGCUGAUCAGCAUGGCGCUGGUGGCCGUCCCGAACCUGAAGCUCGGCAACACCGCCACCCAGCAAAACAUCCAGGACUCGAUCGAGAUGUCGGAGCUGAUGCAGGACCCGGCCAACGAGAAGCUGCAGCACGUGCAGCAGAGCCGCCGUGCGUUACUGUUCGACACCAAGCACGAAAGCACGCCGGCCGCCAUCGCCGGCGAGGAGGAGCUGCUUAACUUUGACGAGCUGAUGUCCUCGUUCAACGCGAACGCGCUGAUCGCGAACGAGCACGAUUACUUCGGCGAGGCCGACGGACGCUCCGGCAACGAGCCACCGUCAGCGAAACGGGCCAAGCUGAUGGCCGCCGCCCCGACCACGCUGAUCGAUUACGACGUGGAUGACGAGGUGUGGAACGGUGGCAGCAAGAUUCGCAUCAAGCAGGAGGCGGGCUCAAUGUCACCGGACAGCAGCAGUGCCAGUGAGCUGUUCGAGCAGAAGCUCCCCAAGACCGCCUCCGGUGCGCCGUCGCCGCAGGUGAUCGUGGAUCGCGAGCUGUUCGAGCUGGUCGAUGGCAAGCAGGACGAUACCGGCGACGCGCUGUACGACAUGCAUCUGCUCGACUCGUUCUCGGUGGUUGGCGGUAAGGGUGCGGGGAUCGGGAUGAACGACGGUAUCGAUCUGCUCGGUGUGCGUGCGGAUCGUCCCUCCGUCGUGAGUGCCGAUUCGACCGCCGACAACGCGAACGGUGCGCGGAAGCUGAACGCUUCCCAGCAGAUCCAGCAGCAGCAGCAGCAGCAGCAGCAGCAGCAAAACAACAAGCGUAAACUGCUGCUGUAGGCCGGCCAUUCGUUGCCGUAUUCACAGAUAAUAUAGAAGCUGGCUGUUUAACGCGCCCCAUCGCGGUGGGAAGCGAGAAAGAUAGAAUUGUACAUAGAAACGCGCCUCGAGGACGGAGAGCUUAAGCUGACGAAGAACGUUUUCCUUUAUCCAUUAUUGGUGUUUUCCUUUUUUUUCCGCAAACAGGUAAUGCAUUUUGUCUAUUUAAUAUAUAACUACUACUGCAGGACCACACACACGCACACACACACACACGUUUAGGAAGAGGAUGCUGUGUUGUGUUGGUCACCGUCAAGUAUUUUACUAGUAUCACACACACACACACACGGACACAUUGGCAUAAGUAAGGCAGUAUAAGUAAGAAAGUUCUGCACUAAUGAUGCACACACACUAAGCUAAGAAGUGGAAAAGCGCGGGUUUUUCCUCCCUCCUUGUUGAUGUUUUUCCUUCUCAUGUUCUCCUUCUGGUCCCUAUUUGUUCUCUCUCUCUCUAGCGAACAAAACGAAAUGUGCAAUCUUUGUUUUUUUUCUUGUCUCUUAGUUUGAUGGUGGUGUUAGUGUGAGGAGAGUGAUUGUUAUGCGUAUAAAUAUGCUUAUUUGGUAGUAUGCUCUAUUCCCGUGUAACUAUAGUAACGCGCGAGAGAAGAAGCGUUACGUUAGCGUUACGGUUGAUUUACUGUUGCUUGCGUCCCGAAGGAACCGGUUUUCUCCCGAUUCGUUUCCGUUUGUUUUUUCCUUCCUUACUUUUCUGCCAAGCAUUGUUAAACAUUUAGACGGAUAAGUAGUAUAAUGAUUAAAGGAUAGUAUAAUAUCGAUUAGGCUAGCACCACCACCGACCCACCCUGCAGGUCGGCUGCGGGACACGCUGCUAUUUCAAUUGGAUUCCUCUUCGCUCUUCUUGCUGCAGCAGAUAGUUAGACAACAACAAAACGAAGCGUUACAGAUGCCUAAAAUCAGAACCAGACCUGUUAGUGAGAGGUGCAAACAGCGAACUUUUAGUUUAAAAGGGACAAAUAAUGCUUUCGAUCGUGGCCGUGAAGAAGCGUCAUGCAUACUGGAUACACAAACCGACUUAGAGUAGCUAAAUAAUACAUAACUUGUUGUACAUAACCAAA